AUGUCCGUUAUCCUUUGUAAUAAGAACAUACUGAAGCCCUCAUUUGGUGUCUGGCAUGGCAAACCAACAACAGCUCGAGGUUUUUCCCGACACGUAGCUCAAGCACAAGUGCGCCCUACAUGGCUCCCUGGGCUUAACCCACCAGCCUACCUUGACCGAAGCUUGGCCGGGGAUUUCGGGUUUGACCCACUCGGGCUCGGGGAGGACGGAAAUCUUUUGGGUUGUAUGUGCAGGCAGAGCUGGUUCAUGCUCGCCUUGCAAUGCUUGGAGUUGCAGGAAUUCUUCUUACAGAUAUAUCCCAGAGGUCUGUUGCUAAAUCCUCUUGGUCUGGCAAAAGAGAUCAAGAAUGCUCAUGAGUGGAAGCUAAAGAGAUUAAGAACGGUACAAAUUGUUCAGACUCUUGCAAAUUCUGCUUAA